ACGUGUAUUGCAAUGACAUGUAUUGCAUAAUCACAACAAACGCUUGUUUUGGUUGUCAAAGAAGUGGCACUUUUGACAUCAAAUGCAUGACUAAACUGAUCACACAUUUAGUGGUCAAAUGAUAAUAUGUUGUUAUGUUUGUUCAGACAUAUGUUGAGUGGCAAACCUCGCAAAGUGGCCAACAGUGCCGUAUCGGCAAUGAGGCCAAUGUUUGUGCGAAAAAUAAGCGGUGAAAACACCGGCAAAAUUGAUCCGAAAGAGUCUGACGACCAACAGAUUGUGGAUGUGAUAUAUGUGUCCAAAACGGGUCAACGGACUCACGUGAAGGGAAAAGUGGGCGACAAUGCCAUGUAUUUGGCGCACAAUAACAAUGUGGAAAUUGAAGGCGCGUGCGAGGCAUCGUUGGCCUGUUGCACGUGUCACGUGUAUGUAUCACAACAAUACUAUAACCGAUUGCCGCAAUCACAAGAGGAAGAAGAAGAUAUGUUAGAUAUGGCGCCCUUUCUUAAGGCUAACUCAAGAUUAAGUUGUCAGAUAAUCCUAACCAAAGAGUUGUCGGGUAUUGAGUUGACACUACCGCCGGCCACAAGAAAUUUUUACGUCGACGGCAAAAAACCAACGCCUCAUUAAAACCCAUUAACAUAAUUGACAUCUCAUUUGGUUUGAAUUGAUUAUCACCUGAAAUCAAGUGUAGUGUGAAAUGUGUUGAAAUACUUUAUUAGCGAUCAAAUGAUAUUUUAAUAUUAAUUAUAAAUAUGAAUUUAAAUUGAUUGUAAUAAUCAGUGCCCACACUGUAGGAUACCUAUCGGUGCUUAUCA